AUGAUGCGAAACUCUCGACGCCCUUCGUUUCCCAAUGAUGUGGCUUUCGAUACAUUGCCUCCAGUGGUGAUCCGAAAAUAUUUUAGUAGUUUAGAACGUCUCAGACUCGCCGAAGAUGGCAGAAACCUCUCACGGCCCCCUUCCCGUCUCUCAAUUCAUCCCACAAACAAUGUUGGCUUCACGACCCAAACCUCCGACACUUUCACCAUACUGACCCACGGAAUUACACAGACCGGACACUUCUUGAACGUCAAGAGACUGCGGAGGAGGCGCUGUUCGGCAGCAGAUAUCACCCCAACCACGGUCGCUUGGUUCGCUUCCUUGCCCCCUGCCGUCCAAAGAAAGUUAUUCUCGAGGGAAGAGUGCUCGUUCUAUUCCCAAGAGAGAAACACAAUCAUCCUCGAUUCCGCAGACGAAACACUCCGUCGCCGCAGUUGGCAUCCCGGUCACACUGCCGUGUUUGAACGCCGGGUUUCUGAUGACGCCACCGUUGUUGACUGUGAAGAGCUGAAAGACCAACCAAGGGUUGACUCUGCUGUUGACAUGGGCGACUACUCAAUGGACGGGUUUCGAUGGCUGGAGGAUGAUGGAGAUCUGGAUCUCAAGUUGGAUGACUAUCACGAAGCUAUUGCGGAAACAAACCGGCGGACAACGUCCGUAUCAGCACCCAUCCGGCGUCGCUCACGACGAAAUCCUUCCCUGUCAAGCCUCUCCAUACGGCGUGGUCGGACCUCGACAUCAUCCUCACGUCCUCCGGUCGAAGCACCUCCAACACCGGCACUGCCUUUUAUACCUCCCCACACACGUUCAUCCUCCUUCUCCUUGAGACAUCUUCGGUCUCAAGCGUCCAUCUCAUCUAUCGACCCUCGAGCCACGCAUUAUCAAGAUCCUGCAGCUCGAAUGAAGCUCAGGCUUUAUCUUGCCUCGCCGCAAAAGUUCGACGAGGCCAUCGAGUUUGGGUUUCCGUCCGUGGAAGAAAGAGAACAAUGGAACCAUAACAGACCUAUGACAAGUCCACAACCGAGACCUGAAUUCAACCGCACCUUCUUCCAUGACGACACACCAUCGUUAUCAGGAGACGAUGGAGACGACGCUGACGAGCCAGAUACCAUGUUUGACCCUCGAACACCUGAAGAGCCUGUUUUCCAAAUGCACCGCCCAUCCCACAAAUCCAGUAUCGACGGGGUCAAAGGACUGAGACCGUUUUCAAUCCGAAGACAGCCUGAGCCAUAUCCGCGUGGUGUCACCGCAGACCGAGAGAUGACGCUACACAUGACUUUGACGAGACCAGACCUUCGUUCACCAGAAGAACAAGUCGCGCAAUCAGGCCCUCAAAAGAAGGCCAACAAACCUGUAUUAGAGCGAGUUGAUGUCCCUGUGGACGGAAAUGCUCUAUCAAUAUGGGAUACACUGCCCGCCGAGGAAUCCAAAGUGAAACGAUUCCUCCGAAAAUUGAGGCUCAAAUGA